UUUGGGAAUGAUAGAAAAGGCUGUUGAAGAUAGUCGCAGAGUGAAGCUGGAAUGUUACUGUCUUGCGGGUUGGAAUAACAUUCAUAAUUUGUUUACUGUAAUCGCCAAACUCUAGUCUUUGGAUUCGGUAGGAUAUAAAUAAACGAACGCAAUCCUAAGACAUGUCGGAGGACCUGAGCUCUCAACCCUGGUCCAUCAACAAAGAUGACUAUGAGCUGCAGGAGGUAAUCGGUAGUGGAGCUACAGCUGUGGUUCAGGCUGCCUACUGUGUGCCCAGGAAGGAGAAGGUCGCAAUCAAACGCAUCAAUCUGGAAAAAUGUCAGACCAGCAUGGAUGAGCUCCUGAAAGAGAUUCAGGCAAUGAGCCAGUGUCACCAUCCUAACAUUGUGUCGUACUACACCUCCUUUGUGGUGAAGGAUGAGCUGUGGUUGGUGAUGAAGCUGCUCAGUGGUGGCUCCGUGUUGGACGUUAUCAAGCACAUCAUUUCCAAGGGGGAACACAAGAGCGGUGUGCUGGAUGAGGCUAGUAUAGCUACUGUACUGAAAGAGGUUCUUCAGGGUCUCGAGUACCUUCACAAAAACGGACAGAUUCACAGGGAUCUUAAAGCUGGAAAUAUUCUGUUGGGCGAGGAUGGAUCAGUCCAAAUUGCAGAUUUUGGUGUAAGUGCCUUCUUAGCCACAGGUGGCGACAUGACGAGAAAUAAAGUGCGUAAGACUUUUGUGGGGACACCAUGUUGGAUGGCCCCAGAAGUGAUGGAGCAGGUGAAAGGUUACGACUUCAAAGCAGACAUCUGGAGUUUUGGGAUCACAGCCAUAGAGUUGGCCACAGGCGCUGCGCCUUACCACAAAUACCCUCCUAUGAAGGUGCUGAUGUUGACCCUCCAGAAUGACCCUCCAUGUCUUGAGACCGGCAUCGCGGAUAAAGAGGUGGUGAAGAAAUAUGGCAAAUCCUUGAGGAAGAUGAUCUCGUUGUGUUUGCAGAAGGAACCGGAGAAAAGGCCAACAUCAUUAGAGCUCCUGAAACACAAGUUUUUCCAGAAAGCCAAGAAUAAUGAAUUCCUGAUGGAGAAGUUGCUGCAUAGAGCACCUACAAUAAUAGAGAGAGCAAAAAGGGUACGGAGGGUUCCCGGCUCCAGCGGGAGACUCCAUAAAACGGAAGAUGGCGAGUGGGAAUGGAGCGAUGAUGAACUGGAUGAGGAAAGCGAGGAGGGAAAAGCUGCCGUCGCCGCUUUACGGGAGCAGCAGUCCAAGUCGACAAGGCGACAAGUCCGAUUCUCUCAGCCUCUUGAGCUGCCCCCGCCCAGGUCACCUAGAGUAAAGGAAGGACAGAAUACAGAGAUUUUACAGCCUUUUGGGAGUCAGCUGCAGCCUGAACUACCUCACGGUGCUGGCCAGACUCCGGCUCAACCCAGCACUCAUCAAAACGCACCCACAACGACUCCAUCUCAAGGCCAGCCCACAACUGCAAACCAGGUUCCUGGAACCACGUCACCUAUCAGUUUGGUAUUGAGGUUAAGAAACAUGAAGAAGGAACUGAAUGACAUUCGGUUUGAGUUUAUGCCUGGCAGAGACACAGCAGAUGGGGUUUCUCAAGAGCUGGUGUCCGCUGGCCUGGUAGACGGGAAAGAUUUAGUUAUAGUGGCGGCUAAUUUGCAGAAGAUAGUGGAAGAGCCUCAUUCCAAUAAAAAUCUGACUUUUAAGCUGGCCUCUGGUGUGGAGGGUUCUGAAAUUCCUGAUGAUGUCAAACUCUUGGGAUUCGCCCAGCUCAACAUUAGCUAAACUUCAGCUCUGUGCGGGACCAUGAAUUGCCUACAAAUGUGAAAACAUACCAACAGAAUGACACAUUGAUAUACUUUCCCCUCUCUUCAUUUCCCAAAAGAAACCACUGUUGCCAAAGAGAAAAGCACCAUUGCGCCAACACAAAGGAGUUCAUUAAAUCGCUGAGUUGCACAAGAUGAUAUUUAUCGUUAUUUGUAGGAAUCAAUUAAAAUAAAGUUUACGAUUUAUGCAUACAAGUAUGCAAUUAUCAUCACAACCAGCUAUAACCUUAAUGUUUUUUUUAUAUUUAUAAUUUCUCUUUUUUAACCUCUUUUCCUUUUUCCUUAUUUUGCACAAUCUGAAUGCCCCUUAAAAUGAAAUCUUUUAAAAUGCCUCUAUUAUAAUUACUUGGUGCAUAUGGGGGAGUGAAACACAAUGAAACUUUAUGGUGGAAAUGAGUGACUGUGGUAACAACAGCUACAGCAGUUUUUGCAUGUACCCUUUUCCAAUGCCUUCAAAGAGAAGCAGCUAGUAUAGUUUUUUUUCAGAAAGGGCUUUGUGUGUAUUAUUUAUUUGGGAGAUUUGUUUAAACAAACCAGACACACAUUUAUAAAAUCGUGUUUGAAUCUUGUUUUAAAUCUCAGAGUAUGUAACAUUUUGUCUAUCUUAAACUUUAGACAACACAACUACACUUUCACAAGUACAACAACUUUCUCAGCUCUUGUACAGGAAGUUUUUAUUUUACUGGCUAGUGUCUGUACACUACAAAAGGUUUUAAUUUAGCUAUAAUCCACAUAAAUCUAAUUAAAAAAACAGUUGUAAGAACAGCUGGCCGUUGUACCUUAACAUGCUUUGCCACCCUUUUUUAUUUAAUGUGCGUUUCUAAACUGAGCAUAUUUGCAGAUGUCACUGUCUCAUGCUGCUCUGAAACACUUGCCUUAAUGUUUCUGCAUUUUCACAUCAUCUUUAUUUUUCACAAUACUUUGUGAAUUGUAGUUUUAAAUUUUCGCAACAUUAUCUGUGAAUUUUGCUUAUUUUUAUAGGUAUUUCUCUGUAAGUGAUUUGGAAAAAAGUGAGACAAAAUGAAAUGUUGGUGUGUGGCUUUUUCUGGUCUGGAAUUGAACUCUUUAAGUAUUCAUUUGUAUUUCUGAUGUGGAUAAACUUGAUUGAACUUCUGUAAAUGUAAAUAAUGUAAUUUGGUUUGAUUUUAUAUGGGAUGUUUCACUCAUGGCCUUGAUGUUCUUCAUAAAUGAGGUGAUGGGAGGUGUCAGCUGCACAGACA